GACUUGGCAGGGAUAGUGUGAUCGAGAGAAACCCAAAAAUGAUGGUGAUUUUUCUGCUCUGUGUCAUUGCAGAUAUGCUAGCAGAAGGUCACGCUCUGGAUGUGUGUGCAACUUGCCACGCUAACGCCACAUGUGACGACAAGUCAGAUGGCUCUGGCAAAGUUUGUAACUGCAAGUAUGGGUUUGUUGGAAAUGGCAGAACCUUCUGUCAAGAUAAAGAUGAGUGUCAGAUAGGAGCGAGUAAGAUUUGUGGGCAGCACACCACCUGCCACAACACGUAUGGCAGCUACUACUGUACCUGCCUGUUUGGCUACAGCCCUUCUAACAACAUGGCCGUCUUCAUCCCAAAUGAUGGAACCCACUGCCAGGACAUUGACGAGUGCAGGAUCGCAGGCCCGUGUGGAGAAGGGGGUCAAUGCAGGAAUCUUGACGGCAGUUUUGAUUGCAGUUGCCAGCUGGGAUACAAAGUCCACAAUGGAGUGGAGCCCUUCCAUCCUCACAGAGACAACGCUUCCUGCAAAGUUGUUGACUGUGGCCAGCCUGCCUCAGUGGAGGACACGGUGCUGCUCUCAGUCACAGGGACCACAUACGGCAGUGUGGCCAUGUUUGUCUGUGAUGACGGCUUUGUGUGGAGGAGUGGAGACAACAGCUCCGUCUGUGGAGCUGAUGGACUGUGGAAAGGACCCAACAUGGUCUGUGAAGAUGUUGACUGUGGCUCUCCCCCUGCCCUCCCUCAAUCUCAAAUGCUGUGGAAUAAGAGGUCAAGGAUAGGCACUGAGGUGUUUUAUCAGUGUAACCCUGGAUAUCAUAAUGCUGGAAAGGGCAAUGUGUCCAUUUGUACUGCGUCUGGACAGUGGGAGAGACCGUCAGUGCUCUGUGAAGUGACCUUGUGUGGAAGUCCUCCUAUAAUUGAAUCCACUGAGCAGGUGUGGGACAAUAAUUCAACCUCUGGCAGCACUGUGCUCUAUUUUUGCAAAGAGGGCUUUUAUAACAAAGGAGGACAUAAUAUAUCAAUCUGUAAUGAAAACGGUCAGUGGACCCAACCAACUUUGUUGUGCCAAGAGAUAUUAUGUGGGGAUCCUCCUAUACUGCCACACACUGGGCAUGUGUGGAAUGGCAGCUCCACCCCUGGAAGCACAGUGACUUACUACUGUAAAAUAGGAUUUUAUCACAAUGGAGGAAAUAACAUAUCAUUGUGCACAAUUAAUGGUUACUGGACAAAACCAAACAUCUCAUGCAAAGAAGUUGACUGUGGGGUGCCCCCACCCAUCCCUCAUUCAGUCAUACUGUGGGAUAAUAUCUCCACUGUGGGCUCUCAGGUUGUUUAUCAGUGUAACUCCGGAUAUCACAAUGUUGGAGAGGGAAAUGUAUCAGUUUGUACGGCCAGUGGAGAGUGGGAUGGAGCCUCUACGCUAUGUCAAGAAAUCAAAUGUCAAGAGCCUGUUUUCAAACCUAAUGCUAAACUGCAGUGGGACGGCACAUCACACAUUGGCAGUGUUGUGUAUUUCCAAUGUGAGGAAGGAUUUUACAUCAGGAGCCAGAGAAACUACUCAAUAUGUGGAGAGAAUGGACUUUGGGAGGAUAUUGAUCUAUGGUGUGAAGCUAAAUGUGGCCCGGUCCCCUUCCUUGCCAACUCAGAGGUGGUGUGGCAUAACAGAAGUGUUGUGAUCCACCGCUGUGUGGAUGGAUAUCACAGCUGGAGGGGCAGCAACGUCUCUGUGUGUGGCAGCUCUGGGGUGUGGCAGAAAGCUACACUGAGAUGUAUAGAAAUAAAACCACCUAUAAAUCACUUAUUUGUUAAUGAAAGAUGUCUGCAUUGGAAAGCAGAGAAGUAUGAGGAGGAUACAGAAGUUUACAAGAUAAUAUAUAAAGGAUCCAGAGACUACCAAAGGUCCUUUCAUGAUAAAAGAAAGCUGCUUCUGAGCUCCAAGGCUGACCAGCUGGAACUCUGUCUGAUCCUGCUUCCAGUUACAAACUACAGCAUCUCAAUCACUGCAGUGUCUUCAAGAUUCACGGCCACUAUCACUACUAAGACAAGUUUACCAGUGCCUCCAGCACCGGUUGUGUACUACAGAGAAUUUGAGACACGUGUACCAACUUUGAGGCUACGCAGAUCACCCAACACGCUUGACCCUAUAAGUUUGUACCAAGUGUUUGUGCUUCCUGCAGAGGGGAUUAUGAUGUUUGACUGUGCCUCUCCUGCGAGCUCUGACCCCUCGAGCAAAAUAAAGUCCUCAACAGAGUACAUCACUGCUCAGAUUGAUGUCAGACAUGUCAGCACAGAGAUGAACUUUACUGUAGGGGAUGAACUCUAUUAUGGAGGCUUCUUUAAUGCCCCACUGGAGAACGGCAGGAACUAUUAUAUUAUCUUACGGGCUGUCAGUCAGUGGAAAACGGCUUUAAAAAGUUCCUGUGUCCUAUGGGCUAAAGUAAGAGGUACAUCCUAUGUUCUGAGGGUAUCAUCACUGUCUGCUGCAGCAUCAAUAGGACUGGUUGCCUUGGUCAUUUUGGGUGGAUAUAGUUUCACCUGGUAUGGAAGAUGUUGUAAUAUUAAUUAUUACAAAUGUUCACAGUUUACAGUCAUUCUAGUGUUUCUCAGUGCUGGACAGUUUUUCAAGAAGACAUGACACCCCUGCAUGUGCUGGUGCUGAUGUGUCUUGACUCCCUACCUGUACAUUUUGUUUUGUUCUUUUUGUAAAUAAUUAUAAUAAAUGUUAUUUCACUAACUA